UACAACACAGCGCUGCCUGCCUGGAGCACAUAGCGAGCAGACGCGGCUCCUGCCCAAGGGAUCCGGGAUCUCUCCUCCGGUGUCCUGCUGUAUGUGAUGGCCCUUUUUCCACUGGAUAGUCCGUGCUACUCUGAAUGCCAAAUCACAGGUAAUUCUGAGCGCGGACAGUACCCUCCUCUCACAGUAAGCAUACCCAUCAUCUUCCUUCAUCGGGGCUAUCCAUCUGCCGCUCCGCGUUGCGCAUUAGUCACCGGCAGGCUGGUCGGAGGCGUGUUUGUUUCCGCGAUGCCUAAAUGUCAAGCCACAAAAUGGCACGAUAUACCCAUCCAUCUGCACAAGCGCUGCCACCUGGCUGCCAUGUCCCUGCUGGCCUACCCAACUAGUGCGAGCCAUUCUUGCAGUGGCGAGAAUGCACUCUCUCCAGUCCGUCAUAAUGGUCGCCACUCUGCCAGUGUGUUGGCCACUACACCCUUGCAAUUCAUGUGUAGCUUGCCGUUUAAGGAUGCAUAUCCUCUCUUUGGCGCUGUGCCCUUAAGCAGCACAGCCGCCGACCGGGCCGCUUGGAGACUCUGGCGCCCAACCUUGUCCCCAAAUGAAAAACCCCCAUGCUUCUCCCUUGUCACCGACGACUGUCGGAUUUCGUUGGCCCAGCUUAUCCUGCACGCUAGAGAUUCCUGCCGCCAGCUCUAUUGCAAAUGGAGCAUUUCGGCUAAUUCUUCAUACCCUAGUUCCCUUGUCUUGACGUAUAUUUGGAGGGUUUGUUUCUUGGACUGUCGAACAACUUCGGCCGCCUUCGGUGUUGCAAAUAUAUGCAACAAAUAGUCAUUACUCGGUUUCAAAUGGACAGCCUCAAUCUUGUUUGCGCACAACCUCGCCAUGGAGUUUAUGCAACCAAUCGAGGCUAGAUAAGCCAAUGAUGACGACGGCGGUGAUGGUGGUGAUUAGAGAAAGGCAAUUUUAGUACCAAAAUGGAAAGGAACGAAAACUAGGCAGCAUAAAAGAAGACAAAAGCUCGAUAUUGAAGUUGAGAAAAUGCUAGGUGGGAUCCCUCAGACAACACACUGGCCGACACGAAUGCCUCGGUUACGAUGACAGCAGGUACUCGGUCGCCUGCAUCAGAUUGA